CUCCUUACUCCCAUAAGAUACCUAUCCCUUCACCACACAAAUUAACUCCAACCCGCUAACUGCAACCCCCAAACUAACUCCCAAAAAAAGGCCACCCUCCCAACAACCCUCUCCAACCACACCAUCACCCCAAUGACCUACACCGGCCCCAUCACCCCCGGCGGCGAACACAUCUCCUUCGAAGGAAACAGCAUCCAAGAAAUCCACUCCCAGAUAAAAGCCCUAAACCCGGAUUUCGAACUCCUCUCCCCUGAUGAACCACCGUCCAUUACCCAACGAAGCGACUCAAAACAGUCUACAAAAGAAAAAGUCCUCUGCAACAUCCCAGGCCGCUACUCCUCAACAGCAAAUACGUUCUGGAUCCGCUCAGGGAUCAAAUACCUAAAAGGUCUAGAGGGCAAAUGCGGGGUAAGUAAAGGGCCCAGGUCCUGUGCGAGGAUUAGUUGUUCGUAUGAUUCGGGGAUUUGGUUGUGUAAUGAUAAUGAAGAGAAGCUAGAGGUUAAAUGUUCCGAGUUGGCGGGGUAUGCGGAGGAUAUUAUUGAACGGUGUGAUGAGGGGGAGUAUGUUAAUGGGCAGGAGUUUGAUGAGGGGGGUUGGAAUGUUGUUGUGGCGGAGGAUCUUUGUUGAUUCUUUUUACUUUUUUACUUUGUAUGUUUUUGGGGGUUUGCGGGGAGGGUUUACUGUCGUGGUUUUUGGGAUUUGGUGGUAUUGUAUGGGUUUUAGGGUUUCUUGGUAGGGUGAUUGGUUUGGUUUGGUUCUUGGGUGGGAUGUGAUGGAGGGGAUGCCAUUAGUCGGAUGGAAUUUGGUAUGGGAUUAAGGUACUUGAUUAGGAUCGGUCUUGGUGUGGAUAAUUCUUGUCGAGUUGUACAUUCCUAGGAGGUUGAAGUGGUAUCCUCUUCCAGCGAGUCAU